CAUCGGGAUCGUUCCACCGAAAGUCCGCAAAAUUCUCGUGAAGAACUUCCGGGAGUCUCCUCCCUGCCCCCUCCCAAGCCGAAGGCUCGUAAAAAGCGUGGCCAUGGGUGGACCCGCAGAAAAAUUAGAAGGGCGACUACUCAAGGUCGUGCUGUCCGGGUAGGCGGCAAACGCCCAAUCGAGGGCGUCGAUGGCGAAGAAGACGAGGCAAGGCCAACGAAGAGGCGGCGUAUUAGUGAGGAGGCCGUUGCGGGGCUAUCCAACACACGUUCAAAGUCGUUGGACAACACGAUUGGUGCGACCAACGUCCGUCAGCUGCGAUCGCGCAGCAUCGUCUUUCCCGCAGGUCCCGCAAACUCGGGAAGCGACGAGGGAAACACGACGACGAGGUCGCCAUCUCCAGAUCAUGCAUCAGAACGACCGACUUUAGAAGAUCCACUAGAAAAUGAGGUAGACUUCACUCUCAUAAAAACAGAGGAUGAAGAGGAGGAUUUCUUCUGGGAUACUCCUCCGCCUCGGGAUUGGAGUCUGCUGAUGCCAGAAUACGAACUGGCAACCGAGGACACGUUCAAGUUCGAUGGUAACCGGAGCACGCCGGAUCUAUUGACUCAAGAUAACGAAUACCAUGGGGAAAAAACCAAGUCGGCCGGUUCGACACCGAUUUCGACGCCACGUGCGCAGUCGGAAGACGUCCAAUCGUUUGAUAGAUCCCUUGUGAUUGUUCUUCCGGGAACGAUGGAGGAAGCGGAUCCAACGGACGAGUUGAUGGACGUUCGGGAUGAGGGUGAGGACGAGGACGAAGGCGAGGAUGAUGUUUCGGUUCCUUCCAUCCCUGUUGACAGAAGAUCAAGGGCUCCCAGCCCUCCAUCUCUUCCUCCAUCACACUCCGUAUCACGAUUGUCAACUCCCCAGCGUGAUGAGGAGACAGACAGCGCUAGAUAG